UGGCACCGAGGAAUGUCCAAGAAAAGCAGCUGGGGCCAGGGGAGGAUGGGAUCAUGAUCUCCAGGUUCUGGAGAAAACCUUGGAACUCUUGGUUGCUGUUGCUAAGGGGCAUUUCAGUGAAUUCUGGAGAGUCUGCUCUAGCUGAACCUGUUCCGGAGAGCUGGGAAGUCUUUGGCUGCUGGACGACAGAUGAUGGUUACUCAUGGAAGUACCCAGGACAGAAAACAGGAUCCAAGUGGACCUAUGUUGGUCCUAAUGGGGAGAAGAGCUGGUCCAAGAAGUACCCAUUAUGUGGGGGCCUGCUGCAGUCCCCAAUCGACCUGCAUGGUGACAUCCUCCAGUAUGAUGCCAGCCUUGUGCCUCUAGAGUUCCAAGGUUACAAUGUGUCUGCCAAUGAGCAGUUGAACCUGACCAAUGAUGGCCACUCAGUGAGACUGAUCCUGCGCUCAGACAUGCACAUCCAGGGCCUCCAUUCCCACCGAUACAGUGCCACCCAGCUGCACCUGCACUGGGGGAACCGCAAUGACCCCCGUGGCUCUGAGCACACCAUCAGUGGGAAGCCCUUUGCUGCUGAGCUGCACAUUGUCCAUUAUAACUCAGACCUGUACCCCAACGUCAGCUCUGCCAGUGACAAGUCAGAAGGCCUCGCUGUCCUAGCUGUCCUCAUUGAGAUGGGCUCCUUCAAUCCAUCAUAUGACAAGAUCUUCAGUCACCUUCAACAUGUAAGGUACAAAGGCCAACAAGUGCUCAUCCCAGGUUUCAACAUUGAAGAACUGCUUCCUGAGAGGCCUGCCGAGUACUACCGCUAUGAAGGGUCCCUGACCACACCUCCUUGCCACCCCACUGUGCUCUGGACGGUUUUCCGAAAUCCUGUGCAAAUUUCCCAGGAGCAGCUGCUGGCUUUGGAGACAGCUUUGUAUUUCACACAACUGGAUGACCCUUCACCAAGAGAAAUGAUCAACAACUUCCGUCGGGUCCAGAAGUUCGAUGAGAGACUGGUAUACAUCUCCUUUCAACAAGGGACAGAGUUUGAGGGCAAUUACAGAGGAUCGGAAGAAACCGUGCAGGAAUUUGAUUAUGACAUCUAAAAGUAACCCCCACUUGUAACAAUGGACUGUGGCAUUGGGAAUAAUUAGCCAUCUUCUUAGACUGGCUCAGGUCUAAGCAGCUGCUUGUAGACUGGGCAGUGCAGGCAGGUCUGUAGCAGAGUGCUUCUGUAGUUCUCUAAGUCUAGUUGGGGUGGUUUGACAGGGCUCUAAGCAGAAGCUUGCAAACCAACUCCUAGCUUAGGACAUCAAGAUCAAAGCUCCAAUACAGCUUUGCCACUGACCCUCUUGCAUGGCUUGACCAGAAAUGUUGCUUCCAUAGCCAAUCCUGGGCUUAGCCUUCUCCUUAGAAUGAGAAUCCAUGGCAGUCCAAGGCAAAACUGUUCAUCUGGGGGCUGAUUAUAGAAACUUGGCCUGAGUUCUCCUCUCCCUCUUACUUCCCAAAGCACUGAUAGCAAACAGGGCUGCUUCCCAAGGAAGAAUAAAGAGGCAGUCCCCAAGGAGUGAAGAUCCAAACUUCAUCUGCCCAGGGGUGCAUGCAUUCUCGAGGGCCUCUCAUGCAACUUGGAGCAAGUCUCAGACUGAUAUUUGCUCUUUCAGGUUUAUAGUGUAGUCUGUUUGUCAAAACGAACCUUGAGCAAUUUGGACUUAUUUGCAGACUUUUAAACCACUGAGGCAAGUUUAUAAUGAAGAGUCUGCUUUAUCAGGGUCUUCUCUGGAAGUUAACAAGAGUUAUGGGGUCAGAAAAUUCUUCCAGGAGAAAAGUAGUGUAGAGGAAAACCCUAGGAGAGAAGGUGCAGAGAACUGGGCAGGAUAGAACGCGGGGGGAGGGAAAUCUGGGGUUUAACAAAUGGAGAUACUUGUGACUGAAUCAUUUAACUUGACCCUGCUGUUUUCCUAGAUUGUGCUCAGGAAAGGAGUGCAGGACCUGCUGUCCAUCUCUAAGGAGUUUAUAGUCUAGCCAUACCUUAGCCUAGGGUUUUUCAACCUUGGCACUAUUGACAUUUUAGGUGAGAUAAUUCUUACUGUGGGGGUGUCCUGUGUACUGUGGCAUUAGCAGCAUCCCUGGUCUCUAUCCACUAGAUGCCAGUAGCAUCUCCCCAUUUUAUGUUGUUAUUUUUUUGGCACUGUGGAUUGAAUUCAGGGAUGCUUUACCACUGAGCCACAUGCCCAAUCUUUAUUUUUUAUUUGAGACAGAAUCUUGCUUAGGAGCCUUUCUGAGUUGCUAAGGCUAGCCUUGAACUUGCAAUCCUCCUGCCUCAGACUCACAAGGCACUGGAAUUACAGGUGUGUGUCAUGGCACCCAGCACAUCUUCCCCAUCUGUGAUAGCCAAAAAAUGUCUCUAGACAUUGCCAAGUUCUCCAGGGGAAGUGGGGUAAAAUGAUCCAAGUAUAAACCACUGCUCCAGGUGUCGUUCAGUGGCUCCUUGGCCCAAACUGUUUUUUUCCACUCAUGUCAUAGGAUUCUAGAGUUGUAUAUCACAUACCCCGUUCUUUAUUAUAUUAUAGCAUGAAAUUUUCAGUUUAGUGAUGGUUACCCCCUUGCAAUAAUAACAUUGAAGUAACUAAGGAAGAACAAGCAAAUCCAAGAAAAGCCUUGUCUACCAUCUUCCUUUAGAAUUUGAGUGUAUAUCUUUCUCUCUCUCUCUCUCUCUUUUGUUACCCAGGGGUGCUUAACCACUGAACCACAUCCCAGGGAGUGAACCCAGGGGAGCUUAACCACUGAACCAUAUCCCCAGCCCUUUAUCACUUUUUUAAAAAAUUUUGAGACAGAGUCUCACUAAGUUGCUUAGAGCUUCACUAAAUUACUAAAGCUGGCUUUGAACUUGUGAUCCUCCUGCCUCAGCCUCCCAAGUUGCUGGGAUUACAGGUGUGUGCCCCACACUCAGCUGUAUAUCCUUUUUUUAUAUAUAUAAUUGAGUAAGGCCAAGAGAAGUAGAAUGAGGAGAGAACUAGUCUCUUUAAGAGAAAUAUACAACCCCCUUUAUCAGGAAUCCAUAAUCUCCUCAUAUACCUCUUCUCCCUCUCUUUUGUGUAAGAUUUUCUCUCUUGUAGGUUAUUUCUGACUGCCUUGGUUAAAAUUCUUACUUUUUUUAACGUUUAAUUUUUUGUGGUACUGGAGAUUGAACCCAAGAAUGUUCUACCACUGAGCUACAUCCCCAGCCCUUUUUAUUUUUUUGUUUUGAGAUAGGGUCUUGCUAAGUUACUGAGGCUGGUCUUGAACUUGCAAUCCUCCCAUUUCAGACUCCCAGUCCUUGGGACUACAAGUGUAUGCCACAGGGCCUGGUUAAAGGCUCACUCUAGAUGGGAAGAUGAAAGUCAAGCCAGGUACUUUUUCAGCUCUUAGAAUGUGCCUCUUCUAAGGAAGAUCUGAUCUUGUCCUUGAGGAGAAGGGAAUCAUUCUGGGACCAUUUCAGGAUACAUGGAAGACAGCUGCCUAAGUGAAGUCAGGAGAGAUAGCAGAGGCAGGUGCCCAUCCUAGGGGCCAGGGCUUAGGUCUUUGGCCCCACUUUGGUUCCUUCAGACUGACCUCAUCCCAGCCAGUGACACCAACUCUGGGUUUAGAUGGUAAGAGGUUGUCAAACUUAAAUGCCUUUUCCUAAUAUGUCAGUGCAAGGGAAGCUGGAGGGAAAAAAAAGGCCAAAGGGUUUCUAUAAUCAUAUCUUUAGGGGGCCUGCUCUGAGCUUUGCAUGUCACCUGCUUCAGAGCCAGAGCCAGCUGAGGUGCAUCAGGACGAGAGCGCUAGACAGAGAAGGGGGAGGCCGCAUGGAGCGCUGGUCUGUAGAGCAGCACGAUUAGACUCUGCUUGACCCCAAGGAACUGCAUAGUUUUAGAAAACCUUAAAAGGAAAGAGAAAUCUUACACAGCUAAGAUGGCUAAUUAUCUAAUCUUUUGAGACUAAAAUUAUGUGUGGUGUUGUUGACCUUGGGCUUCUUUAAGUUUAUAUUUAUUAAUAAAACUUAUUAAAUGGAAGAGUACCAUCAACUCUUCCAAAGCAUCCAAAUAGUAACCAGAGGAGUUCCUAUCAUCAAAUUCCUAGACCUGGAUUGGAGGUGCUGCUUGGUUGGGAGCAAUCUGAGCAAAAUGAGGGCCCAGUCCCUUCAACAUGCCAAACGCUUCCUGAGCACAGCUCUGGUUGUGUACUAAGGCAGACAGAAAACCCCACUGUGCAUGCCAUUUUGCUUCUAACAACAAGCUUUUGGCACAGAGCAGACCGUUUUCAGGGACAACAGCUGGAUAAGGGAUCAGGCAGAAGUUUGGAUCCCCCCUUGUUGAGGAUUCCAGCUGACUUUCCCACAAUGGCUCCCCGAUGGAACCUGUCCUGCCCUUUCAGCCUCAGCUCCACCAAACUGUAGGGUCUCCCUUAACAGGGCAGGGGCUCUCAAGUGCACACCCUAUUCCUCUUAUCUGGAGCAAUUCUCUCCCUGCUUCAUAAGACCAAGUUCCCAGAAGUUCUCCCCAUUCGGCUGGAGGUGACUUAUAGUCUCCUUCAGUGCAGCCUCAACAUGAUUCUUCUCUAUUAUGACACCUGGCACAUAACAGAGUAAUUAUUUGUUACCAUUCAGUAAAAACAAGAAAGAGAGAGAGAGAGAGAGAGAGAGAGGGAGAGGAGAAAGAA